AUGGUGAAGAAAGUCAUCAUCUUUGGGGCUUUUGCCUCCCUCCUCUGUCUUACCGACGCCCACCACAGUGUUCGGGCCCAUGUCGAGCUCUACAGUGAGCCAAAAUGCACGUCACCUCGGAUUGCCGAGAGGGAGCAUAUCAAGGAGGGCCACUGCAAAGACAUCGACCAUCCCUUCUGGAGCUUCGCGGCAUUCCCGAGACAUUGGAAGGGCGACACCUACAAGUCACAUUGCUCCAUCACCACUUACCGGUCUCAUGGCUGUGCCGGUGAUGCCAUGGAAGUCUACGAGCUUGCCACUCGUUCCGGGAAAUGUAACCCUGCUUCACCGUUGAGCGACCAGGCUGCUUCCUCGGUCAAGUUGGACUGCGGCAAGAAAAAGAAGCAUCACAAGGAAAAGAAGCCAGAGAAGGAGAAGCCCAAGAAGGAGAAGGAGAAUAAUGAGAAGCCCAAGAAGGAGAAGGAGAAUAAGCAUCAUGAUAGCAGCGAUCAUCACGAUGAUGACAAGCAUGAUGACCCCAAUGUUCAUGUCCACCAUCACAAGCACAAGCACAUCGGCGUCUUGCCUUCCUCCGAUCACAAAUCCAAUUGGGACAAGUCCUGCCACACCAACCCUGGCUGCAAUUGCAAGCCUGGUCCUCACCGCACUUGCCCGCCCUGCGAUCCUUUCGUCUGUGGCGCGUUCACCUCCACGACCAGCUGGUGUGAUCCGACUGUGAUCGCUACCGCGGUCAUCUCAUCCAAGACUGUUCCCGCCUGCUUCACCAAGGAGAUCGUCGUCACUCCCACCAAAGCCGAGUACAUCUGCUACGAUGAGGCCUGCUCGCGUACCUACGGUGGCAUUGUCAACGGAAAUAAGCGUGGUGAAGUCCCUGCGGAACCCACGCCUUCCCAGGCGCCGGUCAUCCGCGCACCCCCCUUGUCUCCUGCACAGCCGACGCCGAUUCCUAUCCACCAUCCUUCCGAGGUGGUCUUCGUGGUCAAGACGGACCUUGAGACCAUCAAGAAGUUGAACAAGGUUCAGGUUGCUCAUGAGAAGCCACAUGCCAAGGUCUAG